CAUUCAUCUAAUGGACUACUCGUGGAUUGGAAGUACAAUCUUUAUCCUAAUCCCAAGUUUGCAUCGUUCUGUGGUGUGUUUUGGUCCUUUCAACAGUCUAUAAAAGGGUUUCAACACUGUAGACCUCUGAUCGUAGUAGACACCAAAAUCUUGAACGGUGAGUACCAAUUGAACUUGAUGAUUGCCUCGGGGGUUGAUGCAGCCAACAAAUUUUUUCCUCUUGCAUUUGCGGUUACUAAAGAAUUGUCCACUGACAUUUGGCGUUGGUUUCUCACUGGAAUCAGAGAGAAGAUGACACAAAGGAAAGGUAUUUGCUUCAUCUCCAGUCCUAACCCCGAAAUACUUGCUGUUAUAAACGAACCAGGGUCUCUGUGGCAAGAACCUUGGGCUUAUCACAGGUUCUGUCUGAAUCGUUUUUGCUCCCAAUUCUCUCUUGUUUUUCCAAGCUUACACCUGAAGUUUCUCAUGUGGCGGGAUGGAUCCACGAGUCAGAAGGAACAGUUUGUUUCCUACAUGAAGAGAAUCGAACAAGCCAACCCAGAAGCUCGGAAAUGGUUAGACCAAAUCCCUCUAUAUCAGUGGGCUCUAGUUCAUGACAGUGGUCGGAGAUAUGGAAUCAUGGAGAUAAAUACAAAAGCUUUGUUUGCAGUUUGUAAAGCAUUUGAGCUGGCUGAUAAUGUAGUGACAGGUUCGGUGCUGCUUUUAUUUGAUGAGCUGAGAUCCUCUUUUGACAAGUCUUUUAAUUGUAGCCGUAGUUCUCUUAACUGCGGCGAUGUGUACACCGAACCUGUCAUGGACAAGCUUGAAGAAUUCAGGACAUGUUUCGUUACUUACAAUUACAUUGUAAUGCCGGUAGACAAUAAUGCGUUUCAGGUCACAUCACCGUUACAAAAGGAUGAAUGGAUUGUUAAGCUGAGCGACUGCACCUGCUCGUGUGGCGAGUUUCAACGUUUCAAGUUCCCUUGUUUACAUGCUCUAGCUGUCUGCAAGAAGCUGAAGUUCAACCCUUUGCAGUAUGUGGAUGACUGCUACACUCUCCAACGGUUAAACAGAACUUACGCCGCCACUUUUUCUCCUGUUCCAGAAAUAUCAGCUUGGCCAGAAGCUUCUGGAGUUCCGAGAUUGCUUCCUCCUUUCAUUCCACCGUCACCGCCGCCAUCACCACCAUACAAAUAAGGUAGUAAGAAGAAGAGCUGGAAGAUGGAUUUGACAUUUGAGUCGAACCGAGGCAGAGGCAUUUUGGUGAA